AUGUCGAAGGCCGCCGCGGAUCAGACUACCGACCACUCGCGAUGGAGGCUCCGCAAUGACCGUGGAACCCAGACAUGGCACUAUCUACGGACAGACAAGGAAGUCGAAGAAUGGCCGCAGACUAUAACAGACAAGUAUUUCCUGGGUCAGCCUCUGGACCUCCCGGAGCUCCCGCCUGCCAAAACUCCCCUGCAGUCCGCUUCCAAUGGUUUGGAUUUCUUCUCUAAACUUCAAUUGGAACCGGGGAACUGGGCCUGCGAGUAUGGUGGACCCAUGUUCCUCCUACCCGGUCUAAUUGUCACUUGGUAUGUGACACGCACCCCGGUACCACCUGAAUUCUCUAUCGAGAUCAAGAGGUAUCUCUUUGCCAGACAGCAUCCGGAAGAUGGGGGGUGGGGCCUUCACGUCGAAGGCCACAGCUCUGUGUUUGGCACUGCCAUGAAUUAUGUUGCCUUGCGGCUGCUGGGGGCCAGUCCUAAGGAUCCUCGAAUGGUGAAGGCGCGGAACAAGCUGCAUGAGUUGGGUGGUGCUCUGUAUGGGCCUCACUGGGCCAAGUUCUGGCUCUGUGUCCUCGGAGUCAUGGGAUGGGACGCUCUCAAUCCAGUGCCUCCUGAGUUAUGGCUACUUCCUGACUGGGUGCCGUUUGCUCCAUGGCGGUGGUGGGUUCAUAUGCGACAGGUCUUUCUCCCAAUGACUUAUGUCUACUCUAAACGGUUUAGCCACCCAGCCGACUCUCUUACGCGAGAAAUACGGGAAGAAAUAUAUACCCAACCCUACGGUUCUAUUAAUUUCGCCUCUUACAGAGGUUGCAUUGCUGAUGCUGACAACUAUCACCCUAAAUCUGCACUUUUGAAGAUUCUCUUCUGGAUCCUUGCUAACAUAUGGGUCUACCUGCGCUGGCCAGGCCUUGUCAAGGCAGCAGAGGCCAGAGUUUGGCACCUGAUUCAACGAGAGGACGAGAACACCGAUUAUGCAUGUCUUGGACCUGUCAAUGCUCCCAUGAACACCCUCUGCUGUUACAUCCAUGAUGGGCCCCAGAGCAAGUCUUUCAAUCGCCACCUGGAACGUUUACAUGACUUCCUCUGGAUGAAAGAUGAGGGAAUGUUAAUGAACGGCACAAACGGUGUUCAGCUCUGGGACACUGCUUUCGUGAUUCAGGCCGUAGUUGUUGCAGGUCUUGCGGAGGACCCUAAAUGGAAGCCAAUGUUGGUAAAGGCCCUUGAAUUCGUUGAGGACCAUCAGAUGCUUGAAACCAUUCGCGAGGAAAAGGAUUGCUAUCGGUUCGAGACGAAGGGGGGAUGGCCCUUCAGUACUAAGACUCAGGGAUACACCGUUAGUGACUGCACCGCAGAAGGGCUACGGUCUGCUCUUCAAUUGCAAAAACAACUUGGUUACCCAGCUCUCAUAUCUGACGAACGCCUCAAGUACGCCGUGGACACUCUCCUCAAAAUGCCUAACCCAAGUGGCGGGUUUCCGGAGUAUGAACCGGCCAGGGCCUCGGAAUACGUCGAGAUGCUCAAUGCUGCGGAGGUAUUCGGCGGUAUAAUGAUUGGAUACACUUUCCCAGAAUGUACCACUGCAGUCGUUACGGCAUUGUCCUACUUUAGCAAGUUCUUCCCGGACUAUAGAACAGAAGACAUCAAGAAAGUCCGUGAAGCUGCUAUAGACUAUAUUCGACGUGUACAACGCCCUGACGGUAGUUGGUAUGGAAGCUGGGGCAUUUGCUUCACAUACGCCGCCAUGUUCAGUCUGGAAAGUUUGGCUACCGUGGGUGAAAUUUACGCUACUAGUGAGCGAUCCCGCCGCGGCUGUGAGUUCCUUCUGUCCAAGCAGAUGGAAGAUGGUGGUUGGGGUGAAUCGUACCUCAGCUGCUCGAAGAAAGUCUAUCACCAUUACCAUACCUCUCAGGUCGUCCAGACGUCCUGGGCCUGUCUCGCGUUGAUGGAAGCAAAUUACCCCCACAAAGAGCCUUUGCAACGUGCUAUGAAACUUCUCAUGUCUCGACAGCAGCCGAAUGGCGAAUGGUUGCAGGAUGGCAUUGAAGGAGUUUUCAACAUGUCCUGGUAA